AUGGCCUCCUGUAUACGCCUAUAUCCCAAAUUUGGUCUCAAUCUCGUUUCAGUUGGAAAUCUUCCUUACCAAGCUACUGAGCAGACUCUCGGAGACCACUUUAGCCAAGCCGGUCAGGUCACCAAUGUUAAGAUCGUGUACGAUCGUGAAACUGGUCGCAGCAAAGGCUUCGGAUUCUGCGAUUUCGCCGAUCAGGCAGGAGCCUCGAAUGCUGUGAACACCCUCAAUGGAUCAGAUUUCAAUGGCCGCUCAAUUCGUGUGAAUUUCGCCAACAAGAACUGA